AUGUUCUGUCGCGGAUAUGUAUUCGAUGCUGAGAUCCUGGUGGCGUUGGAAGAAGGCGAUGCACGUUUAGCAUUGGAUGCGGGGCCAGGAGUCCAGACGUGGGCGGCGAAGUGCGCACGAGACCAUGCCCCGCCAGACGUACUUGCCGAGAGGGACGAUUGGGGUAUUGCUCCUGGCAUGUGGGGAGAAUGGGGUGGGUCAGCAUUACCGCGGGUGCCUGCACCCUCGCUGGAGGCAAGUGCGUUCAGCCCUCGCGCGCCUCAUCUUCCACCCGUCCCUCAUCCAGCUACUGUGGCGCUGGUGCUCCAUAAUAGAGAGUCAGAUAACCCAGUGCCCAUCGAGUCUGAACUGUGUGCGGAAAUCCUGCGCAGUCUAGAGGACGCCCCGGACUGCGAUGAUAAACGAGAUGCAGUAGAGAGGUAUCGCGGCGGUGGCAGCGAAGUCACGAGUGAGACAAGCGGUUCAAUGUCUCCAGAAGAAGAAGAUAGACCUCUGCACACAGAGCAAGAAGUUACAGAGACACCAGAUUCAGCUCUAUGCAGGAUAUCGCCGAGUACAGAACGUGCGGCUUGUCGAUGGACACUAACUGGCCGCGGCGUCAGAUUACGAGCAGACCUCGCUAGCCCCGAGGAUGUCUCACUAGACACGGACAGACACGGAACCUCCGUCUGA